UUUUUUUUUUCUAGUUCCUGAACGCUUGUCAACAACUCAAGCCAAAAAAAAAUAAAAGAAAGAAAUUAAGGCUAUUACUUGUUUUCGUGCUCUUUGAGACUAUUUACAAUGUUGGACAUAAAUUUCGAGUCUUCUACAGCAAGCAGAGUUAACCCAGAAAAGUUGGUCUCUGACAAUAUAUCGAAUGCAUCGACAGCGAUGAAUGCUGCCAGUAAUAAUGAUGCUGUGAACAUGCUACUUGCCAAGCUCGAUGAGGGAACUCAAACAGUUGUUAACCUCCGAUCCAUUCUCACGAUGAAGACAGCUGAACUCAAUGAGCUUUUGGCUCAGCUUGAGUUGACGAAUCAAGCCAUUACGACAGUUGAAGCUACGACAACACAGAUUGAAAACAUGUUGAAAGAUUUUGGGUUUGACCAGUCGAAAGAAAACCUACUACUAAGUGCGGAAGCGACAUUAGAUUCGGCUAUCAAAUCGGCAGCGAGUAUUUAUCCACAAAAUUUAAUGAGGCCGUCCACCAACAACUUCCGACGUGCCUCUUCCAUAAGUACUCAUAGCGGAAGCGCUGGUAUUCAAGACGGGGGCGAAGGCGAAUUAAAACGCAUCAGUAGCGCGAGAUUUUCCACCACAAGAAUACGAUAUAAGCCUGAUACGAAACACAUUUUAAGAAAACUAAAUGAUCUAUUACGAGAUUUGCACAUGGAUUCUGGCAAGUUUUUUGCAAGUAUCGGCACUACAGAUGAUUACGAACAACUGCAGAAGGCUUAUGUAGAUUUGGAUAUUGCAAAAACCAUAUCAUUAUCAGCAAAAAGUAACUUGAGAAGGAGGAACAUCCUUUUGCGUAGUGCUAGAAGAAGGAAUAACAAGGAAGAAAUCGAAGCACUUGAUGAAAGAAUUCGAGAAGGUGUUUCACUCUGGAGAAUAUACACCAGAAACUCUCCUUUGAUGAUCAACGGGGAAGAGAUCAUCACCAUAUUAGACCGCGAAGACGAUCUACUAGAGAGGAAUCUUCCUAUACCUUCUUCCCGAUACACUCAUACACCAUUGGCUUUGACACCAUCUACAUCAUCGAAUACACGAAGAGCAUCCAUCAGAAGUAGUAUAACACCCGAUAAUUUUGAAACAUCGUCACAUAGUAGAACUUCUUCGACUGUUUCGAACAGGGACUUCAACCAUGUUCAAGCUGGCCAAAAGGCGAUUCAUUCACCCACAGUAGUCUCCUUCAAUUUGCCAACUGUAACAUCAUCCAUGGGUACAAAGGGUCCAGCGACAGCUACAAUAAACAGUGCUAAGAAAACAAUAUAUCGUCAAUCAGCAGGCCCUCGUUUGACACAAGUCAAAGCUAAUGUUGGACUUCCACGUGUUCGCACAACAUCAUUCACUCAACAGCAGAAAGAUCAUCACCAGCAUCAAAAGUCUUCUAGCCCUGUUUCCGUUACCACAACUACUACUAAUACAGCUAAUUCUGUUAAUAAGGAUAUACCAACCUCUUCUACUUUCGUAAAAACUCCUACAUCAAGCAAUAUGAGUAGAAGACAAUCACACAUUCCAUUACCCUCCCAUGCCUCAAAUACUGCAGAUAAACUCCCCCCUCCUACAGUUAACAAUGAUGCCAAGAGAAACACUCUUAAGGCACCAUCGCAGCGCGGUCCCGGCUCUACUUUGAGAUUAAGGUCUAUGCUUGCAAAACGUGGCCAGUUACCCCCGACAGCAGCGAAACCAUCUGUUAAUUUUGCUACCUCCACUUGAACACCUGAAAAAAACAAAAAACAAAAUAAACAUUUUGUAAUGAUAAUAUUUGAAAACAUUUUCUCUCCUGUAUGAGUAGUUAUUACAAGUAACAAAUG